AUGCAUUGUUUCGAUUGUUUUUACAAGUGUUUUAGUCAUAAAACCUCCUUUUCGACGUCGAAAACCAAUACAAAUCCGUCUACGACGAAUAUCGUGGAAAAGAACGACGUGAGUCAGUCCUCUUUGAGCCCUCGUAAUCCAAUCGAUCGGACUGAUCAUUCAAAAGUAACGGAUUUCUAUAUUCUAGGCAAUGUGAUUGGUUCAGGUUCCUAUUCCGUUGUUCGAGAAAGUGUCCAGAAGAGCACAAAACGGAAAUAUGCGAUCAAAUGUAUGAAACGUUCGGAAUUAUCAAAAGAAGAUAACGAGGCAAUUGAAGCUGAAGUGUCCAUUCUACAACAGAUGAACCAUCCGAAUAUUAUGACGCUGGAAGAAUUUUUUAUCGAACCCGAGUAUUACUAUCUUGUGACGGAAUUCAUUAGUGGAGGUGAACUCUUUGAUCGGAUUGUGGAAAAAACCUUUUAUACCGAGAAAGAAGCACGUGAUUUAGUCAAGAUUUUGAUUCAAGCUAUUCAGUAUUGUCAUGCUCAAAACAUUGUGCAUCGUGAUUUAAAACCAGAAAAUCUAUUGCUCAUGUCGGCCGAUGAUGAUGCGAGUAUUAAACUUGCCGACUUUGGGUUUGCAAAGAAAGUGACAACCAAUAAUAAUUCAGGGCUUGUUACAACAUGUGGGACACCAGGGUAUGUUGCGCCCGAGAUCUUAAAAGGAGUAUCCUAUGGCAAACCCGUUGAUAUUUGGAGUAUUGGAGUCAUUACGUAUAUUUUACUUGCUGGGUAUCCUCCAUUUCAUGAUGAUGCACAGUCGAUUUUGUUUAAGAAGAUUCGCAAUGGUAAAUACUACUUUGAUUCACCCUACUGGGAUAAUGUAUCAACGGAUGCCAAGGACUUUAUUUCGAAAAUGUUGGUAGUAAAUCCGAAAGACCGAGCGACGGCAGAUGAAUUACUACAGCAUAAAUGGAUCACUGAAACAAAUGUCGCGACGGUGCCAUUGACCAGCGCAUUGACAGAGCUGCGACGUUUUCACGCACGCAAGAAAUUUAAAGCAGCAGUGCACUCGGUGCAGGCAACUAUUAGCAUGAACAAGGCACUUUCAGGGCUGGAUGACUCUGCCAGAAACAGUGACUCGCUUCCCGAUGUGUCUCUUUAG